GCCUGCAGCAGUAAUCGGACAACUCUCGUUCUUGCUCGGAGUCUGUCUCUUGAGAUCUAGUACGGGGCUCCAUGACUUUUCACCCUUAAAAUGAAAAAGAAAAAAGUUGUCUUUUAUAGCUAAUCUGCACGUUUAAAGUCAACUCUGAGAGAAGUUUCUUUUAAAAAAAAACUUCUUUAUUUGCUCUGGAACGGACAGACACUCAACGGAAGAUUGCAAAACAGGGAGGAAUAAAAGAAAAAGUGCAAGGAUUCUACCAUAAUUGUAGUCUAUGGAAAUGCAGGAUCUAGCUAGUCCACACAGCCGAGUAAGUGGAAGCAGUGAGUCCCCAAACGGUCCCAACAUCGACAACUCACAUAUAAAUAACAAUUCCAUGACACCAAAUGGAACUGAAGGUGAUAACAUCACUAUGCUUACCACAGCUGACUGGUUGUUAAGUUCUAGUUCACAGUCUGCUGCAGUUAAAACAGAGCCAAUGAGCAGCAGUGAAAUCGCCACCUCUGUAGCAGACGGCUCUCUAGACAGCUUCUCAGGAUCAGGCAUUGGAACCAGUGGCUUCAGCCCAAGACAAACUCACCAGUUCUCUCCCCAGAUUUACCCUUCCAACAGACCCUAUCCACACAUUCUUCCGACUCCUUCCGCCCAAAAUAUGGCCGCGUACGGACAGACGCAAUACACCACAGGAAUGCAGCAGUCUGCUGCCUAUGGCACAUACCCUCAGCCAGGCCAGCCCUAUGGGAUUCCAGCCUAUGGUCCAUUGUGGGCAGGCAUCAAGACAGAGGGCGGACUGACCCAGGCUCAGUCUCCAGGCCAGAGCGGCUUCCUCAGCUACAGUUCCAGCUUCUCCACGCCUCAGACGGGACAAGCACCCUACAGUUACCAGAUGCAAGGAGGCAGUUUUACAACAACUUCAGGGCUGUACGCUGGAAGCAAUUCCCUCACAAACUCAACUGGAUUCAAUAGUACACAACAGGACUACCCCUCCUACCCAGCUUUUGGCCAGAGUCAGUAUGCGCAGUAUUACAACAGUAGCCCUUACACUUCUCCAUACAUGACCAGUAACAACACGAGCCCCACCACACCCUCCACCACUGCCACCUACACCCUACAGGAACCUCCAUCAGGGGUCACCAGCCAGCCCCUCUCAGAGCAACCGGCAGGAGAGUACAGUACAAUCCAGAGUCCAUCAACCCCCAUUAAAGAUUCAGAUUCAGAUCGAUUGCGUCGGGCUUCAGAUGGAAAGUCACGUGGCCGGGGAAGGAGGAACAAUAACCCAUCCCCACCUCCCGACUCUGACCUUGAGCGCGUGUUCAUUUGGGACUUGGAUGAAACAAUCAUCGUUUUCCAUUCCUUGCUCACGGGAUCUUACGCCAACAGAUUCGGAAGGCAGUCGCUUCUGUGCAGUCGGCAGCAAAGCCCUUCCUCUGGCCAACAGGAAGAAUCAGCCAGUCCGGCCUGA